AAUUAUUAGCAAUUCAGCUUUUUUUUUAAAUCAAGUUUUCUUUUUUUCAUAAACUUUUGAAUGUUUUUAUUACGCUAUUGUGUUGUUUUGUUGUUGAAUAAAAUACAUAUUUAUUAUCAGCCUACCAGAAAUAACAGAUUGUAGAAUGUCAAUGUAUAUUAUUGUUUUUCAUCAAAUAAUGACAGAUAUUUAAAAAAACAAACAAAAAACAAUAAUAAUUUCAAUAUUACAAGCAUUAAAAAUAAAAACUAAUGUCUAUGAAAGCACCCACUUUUUAAACACCCCCUUCAGUUGGAAGAUGAAUAAACAACAAAACACUGCAAUAUCUAGUUUAAUAAAAUGGUUCACAUACAUUUCAUUUCUCAGUUAUGUAAGAGAGAAAUGUAUCUUUUAUUUCUGUAAAUAUAAAGGAAUUAAACUGUCGUGACUAUACAGGCGCUUGGAGCAGACACGCAGCGCAGCAGGCAGUCCCCGCACAGUAAGAGAGCAAAAACAAAUACGCCUUCUCGAUCAAGCUCGAGAUAUUAAAGUCGCGUAUGGAUCCCAGACACGAUAAUAAAUGUGUCAUAUAUAAUCACAAUGUUAAGUUUAAAAAGCACCAUAACUUUCGCACCUUUCAUAAAUAAGACUCUUCAAUGAAUUCAACUAACGCGGGGAGAUAAUACACUAAUUCGUGAUAAUUUUAUUAAUGUGUGGCUUCAAAAUAAGCAAAAACACAUUUAUAGAAUAUAAUUAUAUUUUGCGUCAGAAAAGCUCCCGAAAUGAUUUCAAUUCAUCUGAUGAUGAGCCGAGACGGAGAAGAAAUAAGAUCCGGUCCACCGGAGGGAAAAAAAAGAUUUAAAUAAUAAAGUAAAUUUAAAUGUUUUAUUAUCCGAGAGCAUAACGAGCCCACCUUAACAAUUCUGAAUCCACCUACUGUUUCAUAUAUGAUUCAAUAUAGCUGACUGAAAAGCAGCAGAGUCCAAGCAAAGGAAAAAAAAACAAAAAACAAACAAAAAAAAAACAAGGUAACGCAGCGAAAAUGUUUGUUUUUUUCUUCUCUCCAAAUGCGUAGGUGUACUUCCGCUCCUCGAUAUACUACAACUACCUGUACUUUUUACUUGUAUAUAACACCCGGGGAUGAAUUUGUUUUCGAUAAACUGGGAAGCGGUGACGCAUCCGACAGCGAUUGGACAUCUUGGUCUCAACUCCUCCCUUAUAAUAAAGAGUGUGUGUGUCUCCCUGUUGUAAAACACAGCAACACCGGGCGUCUGCGUCAGGAGGGCACACUCCACUUCUGCGCAAUUACGCGGACUCCUAACUGGCACGGUGAUCAGAGAAAAAGGCAAAAAGGCUUUUUUCCCUCCCAGCUACUGAACCUCACAAGGUUGAAAUGGACUUUUAAUCAGGUCAGCCUGAUAAAUCGGAGGACUUCGCUUCAAUGCAGUUUACGGUACCACAGCUGUGAAUGUUAUGAUCUGAUUAUUACGCAUGUGCUCUGAGCACAGUUUUGAGUAGUUGUCUUAUAAAUAGACAUUUUUUUUUCUUUUUAAAUAGCUUUCUUUCUUCUCUAAAAUUGGCUCCCGUACAAACAGCCGCGUUGGAUCCCUCGGCUUACUGCGAGACUCCGGUGUAUAACCCGGAUCUCUGCCCUAAUAUGAUAGCCGCCCAGGCGAAAUUGGUGUAUCACCUCAACAAAUACUACAACGAGAAAUGUCAGUCUCGAAAAGCCGCCAUCUCCAAGACCAUCCGGGAGGUGUGCAAGGUGGUAUCGGAUGUCCUGAAGGAGGUCGAGGUGCAGGAGCCCCGCUUCAUCAGCUCUCUCAGCGAGAUGGAUAAUCGUUUCGAGGGACUGGAGGUUAUUUCGCCCACCGAGUUCGAGGUCGUGCUCUAUCUGAAUCAGAUGGGAGUAUUCAACUUUGUGGAUGACGGCUCUCUCCCGGGCUGCGCCGUGCUCAAGCUCAGCGACGGCCGCAAGAGAAGCAUGUCUCUCUGGGUUGAAUUCAUCACAGCCUCCGGUUACCUCUCGGCGCGCAAGAUCCGGUCGAGAUUUCAGACACUGGUGGCGCAGGCAGUGGAUAAAUGCAGCUACAGAGAUGUUGUCAAAAUGGUCGCUGACACGAGUGAGGUGAAGUUGCGCAUUAGAGACAGAUAUGUGGUGCAAAUCACGCCGGCGUUCAAGUGCACUGGGAUCUGGCCACGCAGCGCUGCGCACUGGCCUCUCCCCCACAUCCCCUGGCCGGGACCUAACCGGGUUGCAGAAGUCAAAGCGGAAGGGUUCAAUCUUUUAUCCAAAGAGUGCUACUCCCUGAACGGCAAGCAGAGCUCGGCAGAGAGCGACGCCUGGGUCUUGCAGUUCGCCGAGGCCGAGAACCGGCUGCUGCUGGGUGGAUGCAGGAAGAAAUGCUUGUCAGUGCUCAAAGCCUUACGCGACCGACACCUCGAACUGCCCGGACAGCCCCUGAACAACUACCACAUGAAAACUUUGGUUUCCUACGAGUGUGAGAAGCAUCCCAGGGAGUCGGACUGGGAUGAGAACUGCCUCGGCGACCGUCUGAACGGGAUACUAUUGCAGCUCAUUUCAUGUUUGCAGUGCAGAAGGUGCCCGCAUUAUUUCCUGCCUAAUUUAGACCUGUUUCAAGGAAAACCUCACUCUGCUCUAGAGAACGCAGCCAAACAGACUUGGCGACUGGCGAGAGAAAUACUGACCAACCCCAAAAGCUUGGAGAAACUCUGAGGUAAAACAUGUCAGUUCACCUCGUCUUAAACAAUAUGUGGUAAAGAGGCCUAACGAGCUCAUAAACGGACAGAGAAAAAUAUCGCCAACCAAUUUGCAAAAAGUCUUGUGAAACGUGACUGUCCUUCUGUUGUUCAAUCUGUUUCGGCCUGGCCUGUUUUCAAGAUGAUUUUUUUUUUAAUUUUUUUUUUUUUUUAUGACAGACAAAUUUAGUUUGCUAUCAUCCCCGUGCACCUUUUGGUGGUGUCAAUAUUUAGGAGCAAAAUUUAAAUUAUUGGCAACCAUUAAUCCAGGAGUGCACCUCAGCAGUGCCUCCUUCUCUCUCUCUCCCUCAAAACAAAAAAAAGUCCAAAUCCUACAUUUUUCUUAAAUGCUUUAAAAUAAAGCCCCGUGACAAACUUUGGAGAAAAAAUAAUAAUAAUUAAAACACACACACACACACACACACACACACACACACAUCUGUACAUUUUAUACUGUAAAUACAUUCAUAGAUUGUGAUUCCAGUGGUCUGAAAUUGUGAAUGUUGUUCUGUGACACGUAAAUAGGAUCCACCUGUUUAAAUCUACUUCUGAACUUUUUCUUUAUCUGGUAGAAAACUUUUUUUUUUUUUUAAUUUUAUUUAUACUUGCAUCCGUGGUAGUCUGACUCAUCUGUUUCAAUGGACAUUGUCUCAUUUUUGAAAGUUUACAUUUUGAUGGUAGGCGUACGACAUCUGUUACAUUGAAAACAUUCCAUCGAUUUACUUGAAUUAUUAUUUAAAGUACUCGAACAUUUUUUGGGGGGUUGUUGUUUUUUCUCUACCAUGCUUAGGCCUACAUGAUUAAAAAAAAAUGAAAAUGAUAACAUAUAUAGUAUAUAUAUAUUACAGUUUAAUUGAAAAAAAAAUGCACUUGAAAUACACUGGAUUAUAACAUCUGUGAUCUGAUUUUUUUAAUUUCUGUCUCUGAUCUAAUUUAAAGAGUUAAUAA